UGUCGUGUUUCCUCCCGUUCUUUAUCGAGAUCCCCAAAAUAAGUGGGAAUGGGCAGCGGCUGUUCAGUCUUUUCUUCUACUCACCUUUCCUGACGAUUAAUUGGAGGGCCUGCUCAUACUCAACAGACAAGAGAGUUUUGUGCCCACCUUGGUGGCAGUUGUGGAAAGGAAUAUGCCUGCAGGACAAAGAAUAAUGGCUAUGAUGCUUUUUGGAACAGCCCUCCUUUCUCUGGUUUUCUUCAGCUCCUGCAGUGGAGAUGGUGGUGCAAUGGGAACAUCUGGAACAACAAGAAGACCUGCAACAUCUACUGAACCUCCCAAAUCAGUACCAACUUCACCAACUUCACCAUCUGCAGGCAGUGUAUCCCCUGCAGUGGCUGGAAAAAUGUCUAAAACUACAGAUAAGAUCACAACAAAUACAUCUAUUUCUUCAGCAAACACAACACAGUCAACGACCCAAACUCCAGCUAAAGGAGGGGCUGAAUCAUUAACACAGACGCCUAUGACUGCUUCAACCCCCAAUGUAACUCUAUCUGCCAAGGUUAUUUUUCUUACAGAACACCUUAACAAGACAAUGGAUAGGCCUGACACUUUAAACAGUACGAUAGACCCAUCACAGAAGGCAACUGAAGCAACAACAACAAAUACCACAGAAAAAAGGGAGGAUCAAUCGCCUACUGAUAGCAGUGCAAAGGAUGAUUCUUCAUAUAGCAGUAUUCUUUUGCCAGUCAUCAUCGCCUUGAUAGUAAUAUCCCUUGUUAUUUUCCUCCUGAUGGCUUUGUACAAAAUAUGCUUGAAGACAACUCCUGAGAGACAAGAAAAUGGAACUGAACAAGCCCCAUCGGAUAAAGAGAAUGUGAAACUUAUCUCUGUUAAGACAACGUCUCCAGAAACUGGAGAGCAGUCUUCUCAAGGGAAGAAUAAAACUCGUCAGCAUAAUGAUUCCUCUUCACACUUGAGCAACAAAUGUGUGUGAAGAAUUCCUGUUUUAUUAUUUCCCCCUGGAAGAAACCCAACCACUGACCAAGGCAUGACUUUCUCAGCUGUGUGAUUCAGUGCCUUCUACAAACCUACAGGCAGAAAGUGCACACUUACAUCUCCACAAUUUGUAUUUACAUGUCCAUGUUUUCCCUAUAGGUCUCAUGUUUUCCUUAGAGAAUUAUCUUGGAAUCGUUUUGAAAAAAAUAUCUUUUGAGAUCUCUUUUGUAUUUUUUCCCUCAGUGUCUACAUAACUGGUGUAUAGUACAUAUUUAUUAUUUUCUACGUACAUAAAAACAAUGUAAUAUUCACAUCUUACAAAACUAAGGUAAAAAUCAUUUGAUAUGUCACUAAUGAAGCUGUUUUGUAUAUAAAAUAUUUUCUAUCUGUAAUGGAAGAAAAAUGUUAACAUGUUUUCUUAUGCUUCCAAUAAAAAAAAUCAUACCAAACUCUCAAAGAUUGGACCAAAUAGAGACAGAGAUUCAUGCUAGACUAGAUUGUCAUUUUCUACCUGCAGCAAGGUGAUGGUUGCCUCAGGUAGCAAGUUUCAAGUAUGAAAAAUUAACAUUUUGGGCUCUUCCUUACAUCACUCAAACCCAUGCCGAAGUCUUCACACAAAACCCAGGGAGUGUUGUUACAUUCAGCCACCAUGAAGCCCCUCAAAAGAAUCCCUUAAAAGUUUUUUUAGAAAACUUACUUGGCCACCACUAUGGUUGUCCUCGCACCCUCCUGUUGCGAGGAAAUAAUGUGCCAGGAAGAGAGGUGAGGAGCCUCAGUGCGAGAAGGAGCAUAAUGGCAGCCGGAUAGUGAGGGGGGGGGGGGUUUGCACUUAAGAGCUUAUUUCAGGGCUUGGGGAAAAGGAUGGGUGUUCUCUCGUUUUUUCGGGCUCCUGGAAGCCGAAAAACCAAGAUGGUUGUGUGAAUUGGGCCUGGGGAUUGCGUGAUGCAGUCCCCUGGCCCAAUCCACACAGAGUCCACACCUGGCAAGACCGGAUCUUUGUUCCAACUUAAUUUGAUUUUACUGGAGGCGUUGUUUGGAUGUCUCUGGUAAAACUGCAACAUGCCCCGAUUUAUGGGCCUGCCUGGAUAGGCCCUUUGUUAGUAAUUUAGGCCAGUGUUCCACAUCAUCUGCUUCAUUAAGUAGCUAAGUAUACUCAACUAAGUAAUUAUUUUCCAACCUGACAUAAAUAUCAUUCACUCAUGUGCUUAUGGAAUACAGUGUUCCCUCACUUAUUGCGGGGGUUACGUUCCAGGACCACCCACAGUAAGUGAAAAUCUGUGAAGUAGGGACGCUAUAUUUAUUUUAAUAUUUAUACAUUAUUUUAGUAGUUAUAUAUUAUUUUAAGUCUUUAUCAACCAAUUGUGUGUUGAUAAAGUGCCUCUUGGACUCCUUUUCUCUCCCUUUGGCUUCUCCUUCCUCCCUUCCUUAGGCUAUUAAUUAAAAAAUUUUAUGAUUUAUAAUAUUCUUUUACAGUUUAUUGAAAAACCGCAAAAGAGCGAAUCAGCAAAAAGCGAACUACAAAGUAGUGAGGGAACACUCUAGUUACAAAUAACCAGGUAACAUUUUCAUAUUCCGUAUUGAUACUUAGUAAUGCUAGUGACACUAUUGUCACAAUCAGAACUCUCCGCCACACUCCCAUCUACUAUACUGGGCAUCUGUUGCAUGGGGAGAGGGAAGUCCAUUCUGCUAGUGAUUGGAGAAUGAAUGAAUGAAUGAAUGAAUGAUGUUUCCAUGAGUUUGAAAGUGGGGUCUAGAAGAGGUUGUUUAAUACUGUUUAUAUUUAAUCAUGUUUUAAUGUUUGUAUAUUUGUAUAUUUUAAAUGGUUAUGCUAAUGCGUUUAUGUUAAGCCGCUUUGAGUCCCCUUCGGGGGAGCUAAAGCAGGGUAUAAAUAGAAGAAGAAGAAGAAGGAGGAGGAGGAGGAGGAGGAGGAGGAGGAGGAGGAGGAGGAGGAGAAGAAGAAGAAGAAGAAGAAGAAGAAGAAGAAGCAGCAGCACCAUCUCACCUAUUAUACUCGAUAUCAGCUACAUGGGGAGAGGGAAAUUCAUUCUGGCGAGUGAUUAGAAUAUAGGUGAAUGAUGUUUCCAUAACUUUGAUGGGCAAGGGGAAGAAGCUAAGAGAGGAUACUUGUUUAAGAACACUUACUAAACAAAGAGUAAAGCUAUUAAGGAACUAGACAAGAUCUUGUAGUGUAAAUAUGUAUCAUAGAAUAUUAAAGUUAGGAUCAUCCAUGCCUAUUUCAUAUUUACCUCCUUCAAAAAUACAGAACAAGUAAUGGGAAAACACGAAAAGGUGACAAUUGAAGAAUCCAGCACCUAGAUCGUAUUAAUUUCUACCUUUGUAGAAGGACAAUUUCAGGAUAAAAAUCUCCUCUGAAAACAUCCUUAUUUUUCCAAGCACAGAACUACAUAAGAUAGAAUUUCUAAUAGUCAUUUUCAGCUUGCACAAUUCUGCAUUUUCAGGUAAAUAUUUGAUGAUGAUAGCUACAUGGGAAGCAGAACUGCUUAAGGCUUCUACUCUCCUGUUACGGUGGGAACAGUAAAGCUUCCUUUUUUCAUAAUCUGCCUCUCUUUGCACCAAUGCCUUCUAAAUGGAAAAGGGAGAGAAUGCUGCUUUGUACUGGAAACUCUUUAUCCUCUGUCACUUUUCAACUUACUUGUCACUGAGCUUCUUACAGAUCUCACAUAAAGGGCAAGCAUGCAGCAAUUUUCAAAUGGCUAAAGGUAAUCCAUAUACUUUAUACUUUCAGGCAACUUUGUUGUUCACCAAAAGCAUUAUGAAACAAGGAUGCAAAACUGGAAAGGUUUUCUACUCUGGUCUGAACUAAUCAUUUCAAUGGAAACCAAACCUUAUUUAAGGGAUUAGAGUUUAAGGAGGAAAAUAUUUGAUUCUUAGGACAUUUCUGCUGAAAGCCAGGUAUCGUUGUACUCAAGUUGGCUUUCCAAAUGUUCCAAAAAGUGGAAUAUCUACUUGCUGGAAUGUUGUUCUGUAUUCAAAGACUGGUACAAAAUGUCUGGAUCUCCUACAUCAUUCUAGAAUGCCUUAUUUGACUCUCCUGAACAUUCAUCUUAAAGCUCUUCAGUGUUUCUGCCAUAUUUCAGAAGCAUGUUAUAUUUGCCCAAUAUAGGAUACUUUCAAAUCAUUCUGUCUCCUAUCAUUAUGCCAAAUCUUGGGUGCCACUAGAGCAGGAAAAGGCAAACUCUGGCCCUCUGCUGUUCAAUAUUGUGGGAGUUGAAGUCCGAAACACCUGGAGGGCCAAAGUUUGCCCAUGCCUGCACAAGAAGCAGAUCACCAAGUGGAAUCCAGUUUAAAAAAAAACUGUAGACUUCCCAAGGGCAGGCAACUCAUACAUACUUUCAAACAUGGGUACUGUUCCAUUAUCUAGGUGGCCACCAGGGGUGCUAAAGAAAGAAAGAUAGUCUGUUUUAGGAAGGGAGUUGAAGGAAGAAAACCAUUUUCCCAAUUUUUGCUGGUUAUUCCCCUUCCCUACUUCCCAUUUCAUAAAUGAGGGUUGUUUUCACAACAGAGACAUGGGGAGGGGGGGAUAACAGGAAAACUGUUUUCCUCCUUCAAUCCAUCUCCUGCCCCCCAUAAAAUGGACUAUCCUUAUCACUCCGGCAACCCCUGGUGGCCUCCGCCCAGAUAAUGGCACACUACCCAAAAAUCUUCCAAACCAGAAACCACCUCCAUCCACAUUAUCUCCAUCUUUACAACCUCACUUAACCAGUUAGCAAGCAGAAAAAGACCAGGGACAUUUUCCCACCAGCAUUAUAGAAUGGAAGCCAUGAUUUCAUUUGCUCCUGUAGAUUUCUGGGAAAUGUAGUUUAGGGAAGUUGAGGAUCUUUCGAUAAGAAUUCCAAAGGCUCUGCCCUAAACUACAUUUCCCAGAAUUGUGUAGGAGCAACUCCAACUAUUGCCUCCAUUCUAUAACACUGGUGGGAAAACGUCCCUGAUGAUCUUUCAUCCCAUACCCUUUUAUCUUUAAUCAUAGACCUUUCUAAAAAGCUUAGCAAUAAGAAAAAAAUUUUGAGGGACCACACAACUAGGGUCAUCAAUUCAAGAUCAUCCUGGGUGCUAAGGUUUCCAGACCAAAAACUGAGGAAAGAGGGAUGUCUCCUGGUGAAUUCAUCAUGCAUUAGGUGCCAACUGUGAACCUAUGAACCCUAUGAACCCGCACGUUCUCUUCGCUCGUCAGGGGAGGCCCUUCUCUCGCUCCCACCACCCUCGCAGUCACGGUUGGUGGGGACGAGAGAGAGGGCCUUCUCCAUCAUGGCCCCCCGGCUUUGGAACUCGCUCCCUAGAGAGAUCAGACAGGCCCCUACCCUCCUAUCCUUCCGGAGGAGCUUAAAAACCUGGUUCUUCCAAAAGGCCUUUGAUGUUUAAUUGUUGUUGGAUUGAUCUAUCUGCCCAUUCUAUAAUAGCCCCAUUCUUGAUGUGUUGCCAUUGUUAUACUGCAUUUUAUUGUCCAUUUCAACUGUGAAAUUACCUUUCCCCAUUUCGGCACAUUCUGCACUUAUUUGCCCGGGAUCUAUGAAUUAGUCUCCAGUUUUUAACAUUGUAUGCUUCAUGUUGAUUUUAAUGAUUGUUUUUUACUGAUGUUGAUGUUUUUAUUGGGUUAAUUGUGUUAUUGCUUUGUUAUUGAUAUUUGAUUGUUGUAUCGGGCAAGGCCCCAUGUAAGCCGCCCCGAGUCCCUUCGGAGAGAUGGGGCGGGGUAUAAAAAUAAAGUUGUUAUUAUUAUUA